AUGUGUAAAUACGAGCUUCAGAUUAAGGCCGAGAACUCGUUGGGCAGAAGCGACGCCAGUGUUAUCACUACAUUCACCACCAACGAGGAGGUGCCCGGAGGGCCGCCCACCGAUGUCAUGGCUGAGGCCACCUCUUCCACGUCGCUGAAGAUCAAAUGGAAACCUCCGGCCAAACACUUACAGUACGGCCCGAUUAAGGGUUAUUACAUCGGUUACAAAGUGGCCAACGAUAACAGCGAACAGUUCUCAUACAAGAGCGUUGAGUCCACGCCUAAUAACGAUGGGAACCGCUUUGAGAUGAGCUAUAUCUCUAACCUCAAGCGAAAGACUUAUUACACGAUUAUUCUUCAGGCGUAUAAUAGUAUUGGCGCCGGUCCUCGAUCUGAUGAGAUCAAAGUGUUGACACUUGAGUCCCAACCGCCGCGAUCGCCAUUAGUGGAAGUGGUGACCACUUCUGUGGACUCGAUUACCCUUCGAUGGGAUAUCAAUGAAUUGGAUUCCGAAGAGAAGGAGUAUGUGUUGCACUUCAAGGAAGAAAAGUCUGUCCAGUGGUCACAGAAACGGCUCAAAACUAAACGCAAUCACUUUGUGUUGGACUCCAAUGACGGCAAAUCCAUAAUUAAAUGCGGGACCAAAUACUUGCUGUAUAUGACGGCCACCAAUAGUCUGGGAACUGGCGAACCGAGUGAAACGAUAAGCACGUCGACGAAAGGGACGGCUCCCAUCUCUCCCUCGAGGGAUGAGUUUAUUUACCCGAACUCUACUUCAGUGGCGCUCCGAUUGAGUAGUUGGCAAUCGGGCGGCUGUCCUAUCAAUUACUUUACCAUUAAAUACAGACUUUCACGACAGGAACAGUGGAUUAUCCUAAAAGACAGACUCUCUAACCGAUACGAUCCGUUCCUUAUCUAUCAGUUAAGUCCCGGACAUGAAUACGAUCUCUAUGUCGGCGCCCACACCGACGCUGGCAUAACAGAAGCCGAGUAUCGGUUCACAACUCCCAACACAUCUCUAGUGAUAAAAAUUGGUUCAAUGAAUCCGCCGACAAGUGUUGUCUCGCAGUCGACGGCUUCGCUCUCGUUGUUUCAUAACGUGACGGUUAUGUUACCGAUUGUCAUAUCAAUCGUCGUCUUAAUAGCAGUUCUCUCCACACUCUUCGCAUUCAUGAGAAGACAACGUUUGGCCAAUCAGUCGGCCAACCAUUUGGAUCCCAGAAAUUCCAUACCGAAGAGCGAACUCUCGAGCGAAGUGUUUCCGAUGAAUGACUUCGUGAGGAGUACUUCGAAGCCCAAGAUAUUCGAGAGCCACUCGAGCGGACCCGGGAAUGACAUCUACGGGAAGACCACUUCAUAUUACGCCACUCCCAACCGACGCAACUCAAUGACCAAUCAUCAGAUGGUUUUGGGCCGACACGUGGCCAACAGUGACCACGAAUACGCCGAACCGCACACCCAAUACGCUCAGCCCCGGUGUCUGUUCAGCGAUGAGAAUGAGUGCACCAAUUUGUCUACCUGUGCCUUAAUGGUACCCAACACUAGACUUUGAUCACUACUUAACGCCCUUUUAGAGUAACUCUAUCUUCAAGUCCUCUCUUUUUAACGACAAUUUCAAUGAAAUUGUUUUGUUUUUUUUGUUGUAAACAUUUUUAUGUCUCAUGUAUUUCUGAUACCCUUUUACUAUGAAUGCGAUUAUUGUUUAAAAUUAUGUUUUAUUACAGAAUAUAAUGAAUAUAUCGAAACACUUUCGACGAACUUAUGGCUAA